GGGAGUAAACAGAGAAAGUAACAAGGUCAUUCUCGUGGUCGUUACCGUCGACAUUUUAAUCUUGCCGAAUUAUCGAUCGUACCGACGCAUCCAAUCGUAAUCUUCGUUUCGGGCGUCUUUCGAAGCAAGACGAAACGUCGAUAUCUUUCUUGUCUCCCCUCUUCCAGUAGAUAAUUUUUUAAUAUUCGCCGUCGAUUUUAACGUAUUUUUCUGCCGUCGUUUUCGACGUCUAUCGCCCGAUUCCUAUCUGGCCGCCAGGCGUCGCUAGUAAAGGUCAAAGGACUAGGAGAUGGCGGCGGUGGAUCAGGCCGUGUUGCUGUUCAGGGAGAUAAACAGGCGCCUGAAGGUAUACGAAGAGAUUUUGGCGGUGGUGGGACUUUUGUACGUCAGCAAGAAGCUGCUGGUCAUCUCGUGGAAGGUGCUGAGAGGUUUUCGCGUCUUCGUGCUGUCGCGCGUCGUCCGCAAUGACCCGAAGAAGUUUGGUCGAUGGGCGGUCGUCACCGGCGCCACCGACGGCAUCGGCAAGGCCUACGGCCGCGAGCUGGCCAGUCGGGGACUCAACGUGGUACUGAUCAGCCGCAACCUGGACAGGCUGAGGAAGACGGCGGAAGAACUGGAGAAGAGCUUCGGCGUCGACACCCUGGUCAUCCAGGCGGACUUCUUCGGAGCCGACGUCUACUCGUCCAUCCGCGACCGGCUGCGGGGCAUCGACGUCGCGGUCCUGGUCAACAACGUCGGCGUCAUGUACGACACCCCCGAGCGACUGCUGGACGUGCCCGAGAGAAAACUGUGGGAGCUGAUCAACAUCAACGUGGCGUCGGUGGUGAUGAUGACCCGCAUCGUUCUGCCCCAGAUGCUGGACAGGAAAGGCGGUUACAUCGUCAACGUCUCUUCCAUAGCCUCUUUCUACCCCCUUCCCCUGAUGGCCGUCUAUUCGGCCUCCAAAGCCUUCGUCGAUUGGUUCAGUCGGGCGCUGCACUACGAGUACUCCGGUGACGGGAUCGUGGUGCAGAGUCUAAUCCCGUCGUACGUCUCCACCAAACUGGUCCAGUUCAGUGCCUACCUGCGCGAGCCCAGCUUUCUGGCCCCGGACGCGGCCACCUUCUGUCGCAGCGCCGUGGCCACUCUGGGAGUGGCCGACCGCACCACCGGCUACUGGUCACACGGCCUCCAGUACGCCGUCUACGAGUGCAUUCCCCAGUGGCUGUGGUACUUGGGUUCCUGGUGGCUGCAGAAAGCCCUCUACCGGAAGAAGACGGAGUGAAUCUUCCUCCUCGCGCUUUCUAUUUUGUAUACCGCGUCGGAACGACGGGCGUCCGUCGUUUAAUAAAAGUCGAUUUUUGCAAGGG